AUGGCCAAUGAUUAUGUCGAAUACCUGUCGGAAAAUGUGCUGAAUGACGGUCAGACGGUCAGUUACCGAACCUUGAGUCGAGCACUCCGAGUGCACAACAAUGUCGCCAAGCAGAUGCUCUACCAGUUCCAUCACUCUCAGAACGAGAAGCAGUCCAAUUCGUUAGAUGCCACCUAUCUGAUCAAUGGACUCCAAACCAUCGUACCGAAGCAAGCAGAGGAUACAGCCACCGAGAGCCAAUCCGAGUCGCAAGAGACCCAUGCCUACCAGGCGACAUGUUUGCUUCUGGUAGACGAGCAUGAACUGGAUCAUGCAAAGUCCACUUUCGACCAAGUCCUGUCAAUACACGUCUACAGCAUCCAGCCUGGCAAGAUCAAUGACCUGCACGUCUUGACAGAGUGCAACCGAGCCAUCAUGGCAACAGCUGCCAAAGAGGACCUCCUUGAGACGUACAAGCAGUAUGGCGUGAUUCAGAAUGGCCAGGUCAAGCGUCGCGCCAUGCGCACCCAACAGCACUCGAAACAAGCAUCAGCACAAAAGCCAGAGCCUUUGGUGUCUGCUACAAAAUCGGCUAAGCCAAUGUUCGCGUCUGCGAGACCCACGGCCAGUGAUGCCCCAAAUAAGACGACGACUUCGAACGAGUCUACUCCUGCUUCUUCGCAGCCUUCACAAACUUCCGCCAAACCUGCUGCUACAAAGCCAGCAACACUCAAGCGUGAGGGUUCGAGCUUGUUCAAAGCCUUUGCCAAAGCAAAACCGAAGAAGACGCAGAGCCAGACGACAGAGAGUUCUGCUGAACCUACGCCUACUGCGGAACCUGUCGAGACCGAAGACGAAGCUAUGCACGAUUUGUCGGAUGAAGAAGCUGACGACGAGGACACCGCCAUGCUUGAUGAAGGCGCCAUAACCGAGACAGGAGGCAAAUCAAAAAAAGAGAGAGAAGACGAACUGCGCAGAAUGAUGGACAUGGAAGAUGCGCCAAUGGCCGAAGCACCCAACAAGACAAUUGCCGCAGAAGAUUCGGGUGCUGCACAGGACGAGUCUGACGUCCAACUACAGGCAACAGAAGAGCCUGUGGAGACGGUCACUGUCUCUGACGGUCGUCGACGAGGCAGGAGAAGGGUCAUGAAGAAGAAGACAGUCCAAGACGAAGAGGGAUAUCUUGUGACGCGAGAAGAGCCUGGUUGGGAGUCUUUCUCAGAAGAAGAGCCUGCGCCCAAGAAGGCCAAACUUGCUUCUGCACCAGCCGCUGCAAAGACGAAGAAGGCUGCUCCCAAGGGACAGGGAAACAUCAUGUCCUUUUUCUCAAAGAAAUGA